GCGCGCGCCGUGCGGCGCGGCGCGGCAGGAAGUUUCGUGCACGGCGGCUGCCGGGACAGCGGGGUGACCCACCGCUAUGGGGCCGGGCAGCAGGGCAGUGGGGGUGCCGGGCGGGCACGGCAGUGCGGCGGGUGGGCUGGCGUAGCCGUGGCGGGCACCGCGCCAUGGAGCCGGCGGGCACCCCCGAGCGAAGCUGCCGCCCGGCGCCUGGCAUCCUGGCAGCACAAGAUGCCAUCGUCUUCUCGGACGGAGCUGGAGGCACCGGCGCCGCCGGGCACCGGGAGCCAGGCGCCGAGGAGCCGGCCCGGGCCGUAGCACCCGGUGCCGCCGUGCCCGCCGGCGCCGAUGUCUUCUGGGCCAGCCUCAUGCAAGCCCAGAUGUGCGUGUGGGACCUGGAGGGAGCCAUCGAGGGGCAGCCCGCGGCCAGGAGCACCUCGCACGAGCGCCGAGGCCACGAGCCCCUGCUUGGGAGCUUCUCACACGAGCGUGUGCCCACGGAUGGGAGCAUCUCACACGAACGUGUGCCUGCGAGUGGGAGCAUCUCGCCCCAAAAUGUGCCUGCAGAUAGGAGCAUCUCGCCCAAAAACGUGCCUGCAGAUAGGAGCAUCUCGCACGAGCACGGGCCCACGGAUGGGAGCAUCUCGCCCAAAAAUGUGCCUGCAGAUAGGAACAUCUCGCCCAAAAACGUGCCUGCAGAUAGGAGCAUCUCGCACGAGCACGGGCCCACGGAUGGGAGCAUCUCGCACGAGCACGUGCCCAUGGAUGAGACCAUCUUGCACAUAGAUGGGAGCAUCUUGCAUGAGUUCACGCCUGUAGAAGGGAUCAUCUUGCACGACUACGUGCCCACGGGUGGGAGCAUCUCGCACGAGUUCACGCCCGCAGAAGGGAGCAUCUCGCACGAGUUCACGCCUGUAGAAGGGAGCAUCUCACACGACUACAUCCCCACGGGUGGGAGCAUCUCACACGAGUUCACGCCCGCAGAAGGGAGCAUCUCGCACGACUAUGUGCCUGAAGGUGGGAGCAUCUCGCACGAGCGUCGGGACCACGAAUCCAGAGAGGAGGACGAGGACGAAGAGGAGGACGACGGCUCUUCCUCCCGGGAGGAGGACGCUGAGGAGGCUGAGGAAGAUUUGGAGGAGGAAGAGCACCACUUUUACACCAACCCCCUGUUCCAGGGCCUGGCGCCGGGGCCGGCGGCACGCGCUGCGCCGGGGGCGCUGGGGGGCUCGGCCGGCGGCGGGUGCCCCUCGCCGCCCCGCAGCCCGGUGCCCGUGUACAAGCCGCACGGAGCCGCGUUGGAGCAGCUGCUGAUCACGGAGCGGGACAUCGCGGGCGCUCGUGCCAUGGGGGCCACCGAGGAGGCCGCGGCGGCGCGGGGUGACGGUGCUGGUGCUGCGGAGCGGGGAUCCCCCGGCCCCCCAGACCUGGCGCUCUCCGGCCCUCCGGAUCUGUCCCCGGGAAGGGGAUAUGGGGCCCCCCCCAGCUCCCCAGAUCUCCCCCCCGGAGGGGGAGACUGGGAUGCCCCCAGCCCCCUGGAUCUGCACCCAGGCCUGGGGUAUCCGCCCCCCCCAAGCCCUCCGGCCCCCCUAGAUUUUCCUGUGGGAGGGGGGUACUGGGACCCCCCCAGCCCCUUGGAUCUGCCCCCCAGACCCCCAACCCCCCCGACGCUGCACCUAGGAGGGGGGUACAGGCCCCCCCCCAGCCCCCUGGUCCAGUCCCUGCAAAAGGGCGACUGGGCCCCCUCGCCCCCCCCGGAUCUGCCCCAGGGAUGGGGAUCCCAGGCCUCCCCCACCCCCCUGAUCCCCCUGAAUCUGCCCCAGGGAAGAGGAUACGAGCCGCCCCUGAUCCUCCUGGAUUUGCCCCCAGGAGGGGCGUCCCACACCCCCCCCAGCCCCCCGAUCCCCCCAGAUAUUCCCCCAGGAGGAGGGUACCAGCCCCCCCUGAUCCGCCUGGAUUUGUCCCCGGAAAGUGGGUCCCAGCCUCCCUCCAACCCCCAGGUCCCCCCGGAUCUACCCCCAGGGGAGGGGUCCCAAGCCGCCCUCAGCCCCCUAAUCCCCCCAAAUCAGCCCCCAGGGGAGGGGUCUCAGGCCCCCCUCACCCCCCUGAGCCCCCCAGAUCUGCCCCUAAGAGGCGGGUACAAGCCCCCUUAAUCCCCUUGGAUUUUCCCCCAGAAGAGGGGUCCC